GAUGGCGGUAGUGCAACUUAAAGAAUGCCAGCCACUGUAAAACACCAAAGAAGAAGAAGAAGAAGUAAAACGGAACGUGAGGACCAGAGGAAAAGAACAAGCCGAUAUUUACAUUUUUCUUUUAAUAUAGCACGAAAUAAAUCACCGUCGGAAAGAAAGGGAGCACGAUGUCUGACAGCGAGGACAGUGACUUUUCUGACAACCAGAGUGACCGGAGCAGCGACGGGGAGGCAGAAGAGGUAGAGGAGAAUGAGGACGAGGCGGGCAGCCCCGUGGGCAGUGACAAGGUAGCAGACGAAGAAGGAGAGGACUUGGAUGAUGAGGAGGAGUAUGACGAAGAGGAGGAGGAGGAUGACGACGACCGCCCCAGGAAAAAGGCCAGACACGGGGGAUUUAUCUUGGACGAAGCCGAUGUGGAUGAUGAAUAUGAGGAUGAAGAAGAUCAGUGGGAGGAUGGAGCUGGGGACAUUCUGGAGAAAGUUAACGAGGAGGCUGAAGUGUCCAAUAUUGACCAUGUGGUUUUGGAUGAAGACCACUCAGGCUCCAGAAGGCUGCAAAACCUCUGGAGAGACUCCAGGGAGGAGGCGCUUGGUGAAUACUACAUGAGGAAAUAUGCCAAGUCCUCAGCAGGAGAACAUUACUCCGGAGGGUCAGAGGAGCUGUCUGAUGACAUCACCCAGCAGCAGCUGCUUCCUGGCGUCAAGGAUCCAAAUCUCUGGACAGUCAAGUGUAAGAUUGGAGAGGAGCGGGCGACGGCCAUUGCCUUGAUGAGGAAAUUCAUUGCCUACCAAUUCACAGACACACCUCUCCAGAUUAAGUCAGUAGUUGCCCCGGAUCACGUUAAAGGCUACAUCUACGUGGAGUCGUACAAGCAGACGCACGUGAAGGCAGCCAUCGAAGGCAUAGGGAAUCUUAGGAUGGGCCUCUGGAACCAGCAGAUGGUUCCCAUCAAAGAGAUGACAGACGUGCUGAAGAACGUCAAAGAGGUCACUAACCUGAAGCCAAAGUCUUGGGUCAGGCUGAAGAGAGGCCUGUACAAAGAUGACAUCGCUCAGGUGGACUAUGUGGAGCCAAGUCAAAACACCAUUUCCUUAAAGAUGAUCCCUCGAAUAGACCUGGACCGCAUCAAGGCUAAGAUGAGCUUGAAAGACUGGUUCGCCAAGAGGAAGAAGUUCAAGAGACCUGCUCAGAGGCUGUUUGAUGCUGAGAAGAUCAGGUCUCUUGGGGGAGAGGUCAGCCAUGAUGGAGACUUCAUGAUCUUUGAGGGAAACCGUUACAGCCGCAAAGGAUUUCUGUUUAAGAGCUUUGCUAUGUCAGCAGUGAUCACAGAUGGAGUGAAACCUACUCUGUCGGAGCUGGAGAAGUUUGAAGACCAGCCAGAAGGAAUCGACUUGGAGGUGGUCACUGAGUCCGGAAAGGAACGUGAACACAACUUGCAGGCUGGAGACAAUGUGGAGGUGUGUGAGGGAGAGUUAAUCAACCUUCAGGGAAAAAUCCUCAGCGUGGACGGCAACAAGAUCACCAUCAUGCCAAAACAUGAAGACUUAAAGGAUCCUCUGGAGUUCCCAGCUCACGAGUUAAAGAAGUACUUCCGGAUGGGCGACCAUGUGAAGGUGAUCGCUGGGCGAUAUGAGGGCGACACCGGCCUCAUCGUCCGAGUGGAGGAGAACUUUGUCAUUCUCUUCUCUGACCUCACAAUGCACGAGUUGAAGGUGUUGCCCAGAGACCUGCAGCUUUGCUCAGAGACUGCGUCGGGUGUGGAUGCAGGGGGGCAGCACGAGUGGGGGGAGCUGGUCCAACUGGACCCACAGACUGUUGGGGUCAUAGUCCGACUGGAGAGAGAGACCUUCCAGGUAUUGAACAUGCAUGGGAAGGUGAUGACGGUGCGUCACCAGGCAGUGAACCGAAGGAAGGACAACCGCUUUGCUGUGGCCUUGGACUCGGAGCAGAACAACAUCCACGUCAAGGACAUUGUGAAGGUCAUCGAUGGGCCGCACUCGGGCCGUGAAGGUGAGAUCCGUCACCUGUUUCGAGGCUUCGCCUUCCUCCACUGUAAGAAGCUGGUGGAAAAUGGAGGCAUGUUCGUCUGCAAGACCAGACACCUGGUGCUGGCUGGCGGAUCUAAGCCCAGAGACGUGACCAACUUCACAGUGGGAGGAUUUGCUCCCAUGAGUCCUCGCAUCAGCAGCCCAAUGCAUCACGGUGGAGGGGGUGCUCAGCAGAGAGGAGGAGGAGGAGGUGGUGGAGGAGGAAUGGGCCGCGGCAGAGGACGUAGAGACAAUGAGUUGAUCGGGCAGACGGUCCGCAUCUCCCAGGGUCCUUACAAAGGGUACAUCGGAGUGGUGAAGGAUGCAACCGAGUCUACAGCCAGAGUGGAGCUGCAUUCCACCUGUCAGACGAUCUCUGUGGACAGGCAGCGUUUAACCACCAUGGGAGCGAAGAGACACAGUGGGAUGACUUCAACUCAUGGACGCACGCCCAUGUACGGUUCCCAGACUCCGAUGUACGGAACUGGCUCCAGGACGCCCAUGUACGGAUCACAGACACCGCUGCAUGACGGAAGCCGUACGCCUCACUAUGGCUCUCAGACCCCGCUACACGAUGGGAGCAGGACACCGGGUCAGAGCGGAGCCUGGGAUCCAAACAACCCCAACACACCUUCCAGAAACGAGGAGGAGUACGACUUUGGCUAUGAUGACGAGCCCUCCCCAUCUCCUCAGGGCUACAGUGGGACCCCUAAUCCUCAGACCCCUGGUUACCCAGAAGCCCCUUCUCCCCAGGUCAACCCUCAGUACAACCCUCAGACACCUGGCACGCCUGCUAUGUACAACACCGAGCAGUAUUCUCCUUAUGCGGCCCCAUCCCCUCAAGGCUCCUAUCAGCCCAGUCCCAGCCCCCAGAGCUACCACCAGGUGGCGCCAUCACCUGUCGGCUACCAAAACACACAUUCUCCAGCAAGCUACCAUCCGACACCCUCCCCCAUGGCUUACCAGGCCAGUCCCAGUCCCAGCCCUGUGGGCUACAGCCCCAUGACGCCUGGGGCCCCUUCCCCAGGAGGCUACAACCCUCACACCCCCGGCUCCAACAUCGAGCAGGGAGGCAGCGACUGGGUCACCACUGACAUUCUGGUCCGAGUGAAGGAUUCCUUCAUGGACCUGAUGGGCCAGACGGGCGUCAUCAGGAGCAUCACGGGAGGCAUGUGUUCAGUGUUCAUGCAGGAGUCGGAGAAGGUGGUCAGCGUCAGCAGUGACCACCUGGAGCCCGUGACUCCCACCAAAAACAACAAGGUGAAGGUGAUCCUGGGAGAGGACCGCGAGGCCACAGGGAUCCUGCUGAGCAUCGACGGGGACGACGGCAUCGUGCGCAUGGAGCUGGACGACCAGCUGAAGAUCCUCAACCUGAGGUUUCUGGGGCGGCUGGAGCACUGAGGCACCAGGACCCAUGGUUCUAUCGCCCAUUGUGUGUGGCCCCGAUCCCUCGCCCCUUUGUGUGUCUCACUUUUUCCAAAACCCAUUGUUGGUCCGGUUUGUUUCUGUUGUUUUAGAUUUUUUCCCCAUUGUCUUUAUUUUUACAAAUGAUCUUGAUCUGUUUUUAGCUGCAGGAGCAUAAAGAAAUGUUGGUGGAACAUGUUAAUAAACUGAUGAACCAGU